AUGAUGUGGAGGGGUGUGGUUUUGGCUGCGUGCCUGUUUCUGAUUGGCUGUGAGGCUCUGCCCGGCUCCGCCCAGUACGGUGUGAAACUGUGCGGCCGCGAGUUCAUCCGGGCCAUCAUCUUCACCUGCGGAGGGUCGCGCUGGAGACGAGCAGAUCUCCUGGAGGAUCCUCUGGGCCUGGUGGGCGAUGACGAGCACGCUGAUCUCUGGUUGGCCGACACCAACGCCCCUGCCUCCACCCCAUUGGCCCAGGAGACAGAGGGGGCGGUUCCCGAGGAGCUGCUGCUGGCACCGGAUUGGUGGAGGCAGCAGGGCGGCAUGUUUGCCCGCCUCUCGCGCUCCCAGAUGACCAAUGACGUGCCAGAGUCCCGCCCCUCGCGCUCCCAGAUGACCAAUGACAUCCUUGAUGCCCUGCGCAACCCGGACAGGAAGGGGCGGGGCCAGGUGGUGGGCCUGUCCAACGCCUGCUGCAAGUGGGGCUGCAGCAAGACGGAGAUCAGCUCCCUCUGCUAGGACACACACACACGCGCACACACGCACACACACAAUAC